CCGCUCCCUCCCCUCCCAUUCCCAACCUCGACAUCUCCAGAUCACACUCCUCUCGACAGCACAGCACAGCGAUCAUUCGCCAACCAGAUCAGAUCAUCAUCCGGAACCCAGAGCGAGCUGCUUCUACUUCUAGAAGAAAGAGGACUUCGAUCCAUCGGUUCUUGCCUACAGCCUCUCGACACCGGCAUCACCUAGAUGAGCACCUCGUACACCGAGGCGCAGUUCGGCUCCUUGUUUGACCUGCCCGCCGGAGACGACCUCACGUCCUGGUUCACGCACCUGUGCGCCGAGGAGCAGGCGGCGGCGCUGCCGGCGUUCCAGGCGCCGGUGGCGAUGGCGGACCCGAGCAGGAAGAGGAGCGCCGACUACCACCAGCUCCUGGAAGGCGAGGCGUCUGGUGUCAAGAGGCAGCGCUCCCCGACCACCAGCUCCCGGGAGAACAGCGCCGGCAGCAAUGACGGCGACCACGAGCACUCGUCCGGUGCAGCCCCCGGUGGCGCCGCCGCCGCCGCGGGCAGGGGCGGUGGCCGCCGGCUCUGGGUCAAGGAGCGCGACCACGAGUGGUGGGACCGGAUGAGCAGCCCGGCGUGCCCCGAGGACGAGUUCCGCCGCGCCUUCCGCAUGUCCCGUGCCACCUUCGAGGCCGUCUGCGAGGAGCUGGGCGCCGCCGUCGCCAAGGAGGACACCAUGCUGCGCGCCGCCAUCCCCGUCCGCCAGCGGGUCGCCGUCUGCAUCUGGCGCCUCGCCACCGGUGAGCCGCUCCGCCUCGUGUCCAAGCGCUUCGGCCUCGGCAUCUCCACCUGCCACAAGCUCGUCCUCGAGGUCUGCGCCGCCAUCAAGGCCGUGCUCAUGCCCAAGGCCGUGCAGUGGCCCGAGGCGCCCGACGCCGCCGCGGGCGUGUCCGCGACCUUCGAGGCCGCGUCGGGGAUCCCGGGCGUCGUCGGCGCCAUGUACACCACCCACAUCCCCAUCAUCGCGCCCAAGGCCAACGUCGCCGCCUACUACAACCGCCGCCACACGGAGAGGAAUCAGAAGACCUCGUACUCCAUCACGGUGCAGGGCGUGGUGGACGCCGGCGGCGCCUUCACGGACGUCUGCAUCGGCUGGCCGGGCUCCAUGUCCGACGCCGACGUGCUGGACCGCUCCGCGCUCUACGCGCAGCGCGGCGCCGCGGGCUUGCUGCAGGGGCAGUGGGUGGUGGGCGGCGCCGGGUACCCGCUCAUGGACUGGCUGCUGGUGCCCUACACGCACCACAACAUGACGUGGGCGCAGCACGUGUUCAACGAGCGGGUGGACGGCGUGCGCGCCGUCGCCAGGGACGCGUUCCAGCGCCUCAAGUCCCGCUGGGGAUGCCUCCAGAAGCGCACCGAGGUGAAGCUGCAGGACCUCCCCGUCGUGCUCGGCGCCUGCUGCGUCCUCCACAACAUCUGCGAGCGCGCCGGCGACGCCGUCGACCCCGACAUCGCGUUCCAGCUCUUCGACGACGACAUGGUCGCCGACAACCCCGUGCGCUCCACGGCCGCAGUCGCCGCGCGCGACGGCAUCGCCCACAACCUCCUCCACCGCAACAGCAGCGCCGCCGCCGGCCCUGGAUUCGUCUUCAAAUGAACUCUGAAGGCAGGGAUGUGAGGAAAAACAGCUCAUUUUUUCGGCGGGAUCGUCAGAGAAGAAAGACGCCACAAGGCUCAGGAAUCAAAUCGCUUUUUUUCUUUUGCCGUCUUUCAGUAAGUAAUUAGGAGUUCUUUUAGUCAUGGUAAAUUUGUCGGACGGAGAACAGAGGGCGAUUCUUUCUCUUUUUUCGCUUGUAAUAAGUUGGGAACAGAGCAAGGGGAGGUGAUAGUGAUACAUACAUAGGGUUCAAAGAUACAGUAGGUGAUUGGUUGAUAGGAUUUGAGAUUGUUCUGCAAUUUUUUCUAGAAUCAAACAAAGAUUCAAUCAUUUUUCAGAUUUGGUGAGACUAGAGCCUGUAUAGUCAAUACUGUUGUGCAGUCUAUUUUGCCACCAGACUUUGUAAUCAAUCAAAACAGAAGUUGAUUUCG